AUGAGAUCCACCCUCGCCCUCCUCGGCUCGCUGCUGGCCGCAGCCACGGCCAUGCCCAUGGACGCCCUCACCGACCCCUUCGUCGCCCUCGCAGCGCGCUCCAACCACUCGAGCCAGUACCCCUCGUCGCUCGACGCGCUACGCGGCGGCAAGACGUCCUGCGCAACCUCGAACGGCAAAUCCGCCGCCUCCUUCAACCCGCCCCUCUACACCGAGGCCCACCGCCCGCAGUUCCACUUUUCCCCCACCGACAACUUUAUGAACGACCCCAACGGCCUGGUCUACUCGCAGGGCCUGUGGCACCUCUUCUACCAGUACAACCCCACCCAGCUCGUCGCGGGCAACCAGCACUGGGGCCACGCCGUCUCGACCGACCUGUACCACUGGCAGAACCUGCCCAUCGCCAUCGCCCCGGAGCGCGAGGGCGACGGCAUCUUUUCCGGCUCGGCCGUCCUCGACGUCAACAACACCAGCGGCCUCUUUGAGGACUCGACGCCCGCCGACUCGCGCUUCGUCGCCGUCUACACGCUCAACACGCCCACCGAGCAGACCCAGCACCUGGCCUACUCGUCCGACGGCAUCCACUUUACCAAGCUCAACCAGACGCUCCUCACCAUCAACUCGACCCAGUUCCGCGACCCCAAGGUGUUUUGGGACGAGGGCCAGUCGCAGUGGGUCAUGACCGUCGCCCACCCGCAGGAGUACGCCGUGACCUUUUACUCGUCGCCCAACCUCAAGGACUGGCAGGAGCUCAGCCGCUUCCGCAUGACGGGCCUGCCCGGGUACCAGUACGAGUGCCCAGACCUGGUGCAGAUCCCCAUCGAGUCGGGCCCCGACGCCGGCAAGCGCCGCUGGGUGCUCGUCAACUCGAUCAACCCGGGCAGCCCCAUGGGCGGCUCCAUUGUCCAGUACUACAUCGGCGACUGGGACGGCCGCACCUUCACCGCCGACGACGCCGCCUUCCGGUACGCCGACUUUGGCAAGGACUACUACGCCUUCCAGUCGUGGAGCAACUCGCCCGACGGCAAGGCGUACGGCGUGGCGUGGGCGAGCAACUGGCAGUACACGCAGGUCGUGCCGACGUCGCCCUUCCGCUCGUUCCAGUCGACGCCGCGCGAGCUGACGCUCAAGUACUACCGCCCCAACCCCAUGUACGGCGAGUACGUGCUGAGCAGCAAGCCGGCCAUGCUCGACAACAUCCGCGCCAAGACGCUCUACAAGCUCGACGCCGACAAGCACCACCAGCACGCCGCCCGCGCCAACCACACCGUGGCCCUCCGGGGCGACGGCGGCUUCGAGAUCGACGCCACGUUUGUGCUGCCCAACGACGUCAACGCGACGUACAACACCAUCGGCUCGUUUGAGAUCCUCUCGUCGAGCGGCAAGCAGAGCAUCACGGCGGGCAUCCAGAUGGGCGAGCCCACCGUGGCCUUCAUCGACCGCUCCAACGCCGGGCGCAGGUGGGCCAGGACCAACCCCUUCUUCACCGACAAGAGCUCGGGCAUCGUGCGGUACCAGUCCGAGUACGCGCCGGACCAGUACAUCCUCGGACCGCUGCCGCCCUCUGCGACGGCGGCCGAGGCGGCGGCGGCCAAGGAGGCCGGGCAGCAGACGAUCUCGCUCAAGGUGCUCGUCGACCGCUCGGUGCUCGAGGCGUUCGCCAACGACGGCCAGCUGAGCGGGACGAGCGUGUUUUUCUUUGACAACGACGAGAAGCCCGCCACGGUGCGCGUCAGCAUCGGCGACGACAAGCUGCGGCUCGGCAGCCUCGUCGUCCGCCAGCUCAAGAGCACCUGGCCAACGUGCCCGUGA